CCUUUUCCAAUCCCUUCACUGGACAGACCUGCAUGAGAAUAUGUAAAGCUAUGGAGGAUGGAAGUGUAAAAGAAUCAUUCAAGAUAGUGAACUUACCUGAAAAGCUGAAAGAACUUCUUGCCUUAAGAACCAAAAUGUCGGUGGGCUGAAUCUAGGAAGCUGUCCUAGGAUGGAUUUCCAGGAGGACAGGCUUUAAGAGAAAUUGAAACUGCUGCAUGGUACUUAAAGGACGUUCUGUUUUACUGAUUGAUCUCGCUGCUAGGAAACUGGAAAAAAAUCAGGGUACAAAUGUCAUCCAGCAACAGGCAUUCUGUGACUACUUAUGGUUACCAGUCCUGCUGCAGGGUUGUGGAAACCUGAUCUGAACCUACCUAAUGAAUGAAAAAAGAAAUUCAGUAAAUCAAAGGUGGCAUUAUUGUAAGCAGCAUCUGUGUCCUUGUCUACAAACAGUACCAGCUGAUGGGGCUGGAUGGAGAAAUGAAGACUUGAGAAUGAAACAAAGGUGAAGGAGAAUCCCAGCUCAUCACCCGCUAUUGGGAAGCUCUACAGCAGGUGUGUGCCAUGUUCUGCUGGCUGCAGCCCAGGAGCCGCAGUGCGAUUUUUAUCAAUAAUGAGUGGCAAAAUUCUGAAAGUGGGAGAGUGUUCCCAGUAUACAAUCCAGCAACAGGAGAGCAGAUCUGUGAGAUCCAGGAAGCAGACAAGGUUGAUACAGACAAAGCGGUGAGAGCAGCUCGCCUUGCUUUUUCUCUAGGUUCAGUUUGGAGGAGGAUGGACGCAUCAGAAAGAGGCCAACUUUUGGAUAAACUAGCAGACUUGGUCGAAAGAGACAGGGCAGUUCUUGCUACUAUGGAAUCACUGAACAGUGGCAAACCGUUCCUGCAGGCCUUCUAUGUAGACCUUCAAGGAGUCAUAAAAACCCUGAGGUAUUAUGCUGGUUGGGCAGACAAAAUCCAUGGAAUGACCAUACCUGUAGAUGGAGAUUAUUUUACGUUUACAAGACAUGAACCCAUCGGAGUGUGUGGACAGAUCAUCCCUUGGAACUUCCCAUUGCUGAUGUUUGUAUGGAAGAUCGCUCCGGCUCUGUGCUGUGGCAAUACAGUAGUUAUUAAACCAGCAGAACAAACACCACUCAGUGCUCUCUAUAUGGGAGCCCUCAUCAAGGAGGCUGGCUUUCCACCAGGAGUUGUCAAUAUUUUGCCAGGAUUUGGUCCGAUUGUUGGUGCAGCAAUAGCAUCUCAUGUGGGCAUUGAUAAAAUUGCGUUUACUGGGUCCACUGAGGUUGGGAAGCUGAUCCAAGAAGCAGCUGGAAGGAGUAACUUGAAGAGAGUUACACUGGAGCUGGGUGGGAAAAGCCCAAACAUCAUUUUUGCAGAUGCUGAUUUGGAUUAUGCUGUGGAACAAGCUCACCAGGGGGUCUUCUUCAAUCAAGGUCAAUGCUGCACUGCAGGCUCAAGGAUUUACGUGGAAGAAUCAAUCUAUGAAGAGUUUGUUAGAAGAAGUGUAGAACGUGCAAAGAGGAGAGUAGUAGGGAGUCCUUUUGACCCCACUACAGAACAAGGGCCACAGAUUGAUAAAAAACAAUACAACAAGAUCCUGGAACUGAUUCAAAGCGGCAUUACUGAAGGAGCAAAACUCGAAUGUGGGGGUAAAGGGCUGGGAAGAAAGGGCUUCUUCAUUGAACCUACAGUGUUUUCCAAUGUAACAGAUGACAUGCGGAUUGCCAAGGAGGAGAUUUUUGGGCCCGUUCAAGAAAUACUGAGAUUUAAAACUGUGGAUGAAGUUAUAGAGAGAGCCAACAAUUCUGAUUUCGGGCUGGUAGCUGCUGUCUUUACAAAUGACAUAAACAAGGCCCUGACAGUCUCUUCAGCAAUGCAGGCUGGGACCGUCUGGAUAAAUUGCUACAACGCCUUAAAUGCCCAAAGUCCUUUUGGAGGAUUCAAAAUGUCUGGCAAUGGUAGAGAGAUGGGUGAAAGCGGAUUGAGAGAAUAUUCUGAAGUUAAAACAGUGACAAUAAAGAUCCCUCAGAAGAAUUCCUAAACUGAUGAAAGACCGCAUAGUGCAGAAGAGCACAUGAUGCCACCCUCUCUAUUCUUUAUGGAGACCAGCACUCAGGAAUAAAAAGUGUUACACAAAAUGUAUUUAAGAAAAUAAGUUGCAGCAUAUGUACUGGGCACAUAAUUGCGUAACUAAUGCAAACCAACUCUGCAUGUUUUCAUAGAACUCUUGAGAAUCAUUACAUCUUUAUAAAACAAAUCUUAACAAGAUGAAGUUGCUGUUGGGCAUCAGUAACAGUUCUAGCUAUAAAACCAUUGAACGCAAAUGCAUGCACACACACAUUUAUCUCUUCUUCAAAUAAAAUGAGGCACUGCUUUGGAGUUGCCUUCUCAAAUAGACCUGCCUUCUUCUAACAUUCUUAUUUCAUACGGGGCUUUACAAACCAGAUUUACCUGCAAUGCUAGGAGUGAAUAGUAAUCAAGUAUCAUGGAUGUUCUUAAGGAAUGAAAGACUGAAUUGUAACCAGACAAAAAAUUCUAGAUAGGAAACUUUCCAAUGAGCAUGUUCACAUAGAGAGGUUAAACUGGGGAGGGAACUACACUGUUAUAUGGACAACAAAUUUCACUUACCAGUGAGAUUUAACCCAUGGUGUUUUGGUUUUCAAACAUUAUUGUAAUAAUUAUUUUAUGGCUUGCUACAAGCAGAAAUCCUCCCUCACCUACAGGGACUCAAAAGGUUUUACCUGCUUGACAAAAGAGCAUGGCCAGACAGGGUGAGAGGGUGUUGAAGAGAACAGGAACUGAUCCCAAGGCUGCACAGAGCAUUUCAGCUUUCACUGCCUGCCUAGUUGUGUUGUUGUGGUUGUCAUUGUUGUUUCCAGCUUUUUUUCCCUUCUUUUCUAAACCAGCAUUUGCACACACAGUCUCCAUUUGUUUGUCUGCUAGUAAAGUGUUCGUGAUUACACUGAGAAUCAUUCGAUAUUCAUUGCCACAGGAAGAACCCAGCAAAGAAGUCGGUUUAAUUUAAUUAUCUUAUGAAAUCACAGCUUGCCAUCUACACCAUAGUUGUGAGCCUUAGGGGAGCUUACUGGCUGGGAUUGUACUUCUCAAAGAUUUGGGGUUUUGAUAAAAACAUGAACAAGUUCUUUUAAAAGUGAGAUGUUUAAGACCUGCCAUGCUAUUUUCUGCUGCCUGUAGAAUCUCUUCCAACUUGCGAUUAAUGUACCAAGCAUUACCUCCUCCUUCCUUCCAGCUGCAGAACUCCCCAACUUUUUGUAAUGGUUUUGCAUUAUGUUUUAUCUUAGAAUUAAGACAACGUAUUUUAAGAGUGCAGUAAAUAAUCUGUAGAUAUGUUCUGUGGGGUUUGAGGACAAAAUGAUGGCAUUGGGCAUUAAGAGUUUUCCUAGCUGCGGUCUGUACUACAGCCUGUUGAAAACUCCAGCCCUGACUCAGCAAGUCAUCACUUCUGCACGUUACCUUUCUUUAUUCUCUGAACAGUUCCUCUUAGAUUUGAAGUUGUGUGUGUCCCUAAAUAUACUGCUGGACCAGGACAAGAGUAUCCAGCACUUUGUAGUGUUGUAGCCCUCAGUAUUUUGUAUUUCUAACUCACGUCAGUCUGUGUAUGUGUUUUUAAAGCAAUAUAUAUAUACAUGAUAUUAUUCAGAAAUGACAGUACAUCCACAGACAUGAAAAUGGAUCAAAAUAUUCCUGAGUUGUUAAAUGCAAAUGUCAUGGACUUGUACUGUAGCGUACGUCAGAGUUAAGGGUACAGCAAGUAAGAAAUCAGUUAUCUUUAAACUGCAAUAUAAAAUGUGGCAAAGGAGAUUUUAUUUCCCUUUUCCUACUUAUGUUACACAAAAAGAAAAGAGCUCUCCUGUGGUCACAGCAUUUACAGCGUGUGCUCUGUAUUCCUUCUGUGUGAUUUGUACGUCUGUGCUUUACUCCCUGUACAUUCAGGUAAAGAACACAGAGUUGCCAUGUCUUUUUCCAACCUUGUCACUGCAGCUCCGUUUGAUGUACGUGGAUUUGUGAAUUCCUUUUUGAGAUGUACCAUCUGCAUGGAUCCAACAAAGCAUUUCUCCAGUCCCUGCAGCUUUUUGUUACCGUUUUUAAUCAUGUAUAUAGUUAUAUGUUAUUAAAAAAGUAAAGGGA